UUAGAACAACAGAACCCUAGGUUCAGUAGCGGUGGUUGAGAAAUUUUCUGGAAAAUCAAAAGAAAUAAGAAAUAAACAAACAUGGAUCAGCCUACAGCCAAGAAACUAUUACAAGAAGGAGGUAUCCUUGUUUUCUUAAACGUUCCAGAAGGCACAGAGUUUGGCAUCGACCUGAAAUCCUGGAACACAGGAGAAAAGUUUCGAGGCGUCAAAAUGAUCCCUCCCGGUUUGCAUUACAUUUUCUAUAGUUCGGUGGGCGAUUAUGGUGACACAGCUCCUCGCAAUGGAUUCUUUCAUCGUUUCAAAAAGGGUGAAAUGAUUGUCAGGAAAUGGGAUCAAUUCAACGAGUGUAUAAGUUUGGAAAGUGUUCCAGAAACAGAAAUUGUCGGACUUAAGGAUAAUAUACAAGCUUUGGAUCAGUUUUUGGGUCCUUAUCCUUUUACUAUUUGGGAUAAAUGGAAGUCUCUUACUGAUAACAUCUCAGAGAACUUGGUCAAAAAGUUGGUUCCAAUUAGUGGAGAAGUCCGCUCUGCUCUAGAAUUAGAGCCUUGCACUGAUGCCGAUAGACCUAGAGGAAUCAAAUCAUCAGAAUCCAAUGCUAGUGACUCUUCUGGUCCAUCGUCAUCCAAAAAAUCCAGAUCCUCCAUGUCAGAGGAUGAUUUUUUGCCCAAUUUAAAACCUAUACACGGUACUGAAUUAAGAUUCACUGUGUUUCCAACCAAAGGUUAUCCAGAAGGAUCUACUCCUGCAGAAAUAACAAGACAUUCGUUGGAUGCUUCAUAUCUUUUUGAGCAAGUUCUUGCAAGUUAUGAACAACCAAAUGAUGUUUUAGGAGAACUAGAAUUUUCUUUCAUAUGCUUUCUAGUUGGCCACAGCCUAGAAGCUUUUGAUCAGUGGAAAAAAAUAUUCAUCCUCUUCUGCUCCUGUGAAGGAGCCCUCUUAAAACACAGAAGACUUUAUGACGAAUUUCUAUCAGUAGUUGAAGUGCAUCUUAAGGAAACUCCAGAAGAUUUCUUAGCUGAUAUUGUAUCUAAUCGUAAUUUCGUUUAUGUUAAGCUUAAAGUUCUAUUUAGAUCGAUUAGAAGUUCAAGGUUGGAUGGCGAAUUAAAAUGCAAAGCUGAAAGGUUGAAAAAAACAUUGACCGAAUUGUUUCAGUGGGACUUUGAUCAUUUGGAAUCUGAAGAUGAGGAUGAGCUUCCUGUUGUGGUUGAGCUAGAUUAAGUGAUAUUUUUUUGUAAAUAAUUUCUACUUAGCUGAUUAAUCCAUGAAUAAAUAAAUAUUUAUGGCAAAAUUGCUAUUGCUGGAAGUAAUACCAGCCCUGUGUAGCUCAGAAGCCCGAUCCUCAGGCCAGGAAGAAGAGCUCCCCGAUAGAACGAAUGUUUUGUCUUUGUCAA